GAUUACAGAUUGUUUUUGGAAGAUGAAGGACCAGAUUGUUUAAAAAAAAUAGAAGAGUUGCCACUCUUUACGUUAGACACAACGUUUACCCCAGUACAAGAAAAAGACAUUUUGCUAGACAUAUACAAAUCUACAAACGGACAACAAUGGUACGAGGCUAGUGGAUGGAACAGCUCAAGUAACGAGAUCUUUCAUUGUUCCUGGUAUGGAAUCACCUGUCAUAAUAACACGUCAUACAUUAAAAGUAUCGUGUUGCCUUAUAACAACUUGGAUGGCUUUCUCCCUUCUAACAUCUGGAAAAUACGAAACUUGUUUUCUUUGUGCACUCCAGGAAAUCCGAGACUGCGAGGGCGUAUUGGCGACUUUCUGUUUGGCAACAUGAGCAAACUGCUGACCAUAUCAUUCAAUACUGCCUCUAUAAGUGGAGAUAUACCAAAAGAUACAGCAAAGCUAACUAGUCUACAGAACUUCUUGGGGUGCCCUAUGAAUGGCGCAGGAUUUUCUGGUCGCUUGCCAGAAAACAUAGGAAACAUGACAGAGCUUCGAGUUCUCUGCCUUGGAGGACACGUGACUGGAGAAAUACCAAGAAGCAUUUCUCGACUGGAAAAACUUUAUGAUCUUGACAUUAGAAACACUCCAGGCCUGUUGCAUGGGAACCUUAGCGAAAUACUUGCCAUUCCUUCCUUAUCCUAUCUGUAUUUAUCUGGGCUUCACCUUAGCGGGGAGAUGCCCAGAGUGUUGGCUAAAAGGCUCCUUCAACUUGGCUUGAAUGGAAACAGCAUUUCGGGAAAGCUACCAGAAACAUUUGAAAGUAACAUCAACCUUAAUGUAUUUAAUGUCGCAAACAAUCAGCUAGUAGGAGAUAUUCCAGGGGAUCUGCUUCUGUUGCCAAAUCUUCAAAUGGUAGAUGUAUCACAGAAUCAGUUUUCCUCUAUAAACCAUGGCAAACCAUGGCCAGUUAAUUCCAGUGCAGCUAAGACGAAAUACGUCUCUUUGGCAGGGAACAGGAACUUGUUAAUUCAUUUCCAGAGCUUCAUAGAACUUUUCACAACGACGGUUAAUUUCGUAGAUAGUCCAUCCAUUUUAAAUGUUAGCUUUUGCGACAUCAAAAGCCCCGUACUUCCAAAUUUGUAUUACUUUGAAACAAUGUCCACUUGCGAUAUGCGAGGCAAUAAUUUUUAUGGACCUUUACCCGACUUUUACGAGGACUUUUCCUUGCUAACAUACUUCGAUGUUUCAGCAAAUAACUUAACGGGAAGCUUUCCAGCUGGAAUUCAGAACCUCAUCUCCCUUCAAUAUUUAGAUUUUUCAGGAAAUCCUCUCAUGCGAGAAGGAAACAGCGCAUCUACUAGUGUCUAUCAACCAGACUUUUCAAGAAUGAUACGGCCACCUGAAGCAGAGAACUACACGUGCCCUGAGGGAAGAAUCGUGUUCAAUAACGGUCGCAUUCGCUUAGAUCCAACGUUUUACGACUACAGAUAUUGCAUCUGUGAUCCCGACUUUUAUGGAGACAAAGGGUUGUGUAAAAGAUGCAUGGAAGGUGGGAUUUGCCACCGAAAAGAUUUCCAUGAGACAGCAGAUCUUCGUCCUAGCAUCAUGAAAAUCGGCAGUGGUUACUGGCCAUCACCUGAACCGAACAAUGUCACCCACCUUGUAAAGUGUCCAAUACCAUCUGCUUGCAAUCCAUCAGAUUCUUGCACCUGUGAGCUGAAUACAUCGCCAAAAGACAAAAACGCGCCCUCUAACAGACCCCAAGUGCUAUCUCUCUUCACAACAUGCAACCAUUCGUGCAUCUGUCAUCAAGGAAACACGGACAGAUUUUGUUCUCGCUGUGUUGAUGGAUUCUACAAAUUAAGCGGACUUUGCUUUCCAUGUAAAAACGGUGAUUUAUUGUACUAUUAUAUGUUUGUUCCUGUUUUUGCAGUUUCAUUCCUUGCUUUAAUCUGGUCAUAUUUCUAUUUCAACGUACGUCCCUUGAAAUGGUUUGUUGUUACGGCCAUUCAUUUUCUUUUCAUGUUAAUUAUGAUGCUCUUGGAAUUCUUGCCGGCAUGGUUUUUCAAAUUAAACAUGGUUGUGUUUGUGCUCUGUAUGACUAGUAGAGGAAAAGCGGCCCGUACGCUAAUAAGCAUCGCAGUGUUUUACAUUCAGACUAUAGAUUUCAUGGUAUCAAGCUUCAACGUUUGGCCUAAAAAGGUCAUUGCAGCUCAAGGCUACUUAAGCAGCUACUGGAACCUCUAUUUCCCCUCGCUUUCCUGUGAUUUGCCUUUGCUGUUUACUCCUGUUGGCAAGUUUGCUUUCCUGCUUCUUUUGCCACUGGCGUGCUUGAUCAUGGUUGGAGCAUAUUUUAUCGUCAUGCUGGCAUUCCAGAAAUUCCGUCCAAACACAGAACGCAUGGAAAUGGCUCACUUCAAAUGUCGCCAAACCGCCUUUUUCUGUCUAAGCUUCAGCUAUUUUCCAAUUGUGAAACAAACGCUUUCAGUCCUACGUCCAUGCCACAAGGACCUUGAUGUGCUCUACAUGCCAUCUUCUCCUUGGAUAGAAUGUACCUCUUACGCAUACCACAGUCUGAUUACACUAGGAAUUGUCUCCAUUGUGGUCUACGUGAUAGGAUUUCCCUUGAUGGUCAUCUCCUUGAUGUUGCUCUUUUUCCCCAAGAGAAGCUCUAUGAGUCCUGAAGAUCGAAAGAAACUUGAUGUAUGGCUUGGACCGAUCUACUUACCCUACAAACCUAAGUACCAAGCGUUCUUCGAAGUUGUCAUGCUCUUACGCCGCCUGAUUCUCGCCAUCGCCCUGUCCAUGAUCCCAUCGUCAUCUACUUUGCAAACGUUUGUAGUCUGGGUUGUACUUAUAGCUUCAGCGCUUAUUCAUCUUAUUUUACGCCCGUACGAUACGAGCAGGAGAGUGGGCGAAGCCGACAGCGAACAUGGCUGGCCAAAGGUCAAAGAAAUAUUCACUGAGAAUGUCUUUGAGCCUCUUGUACUGGUCUUCUUAUCAAUGUCAUUCAUGGUGUUACGAUUCUCAUCUUUAGAUGGCAAAAAUGCUGUUCUUUUUGUUUGGUUUGUUAUGGUCAUCAAUACCUGUGUCCUGAUUGGUUUGUUAGUCGCUAUCUUCUAUCUUCUCGCUUGCAAAGUUAACAUCCGUGGUAAUGGUAAUGAGACUUUAAGUAGAAGAAAUUGUGGAGGGGAAGAUACAUCUGAAGAGCACGCAAACAUU